GCCGACUACAGAUUCCGGCGGCCGCCGAACCCUCUCUUCGCCGGCGCUCCAGAAGAAGCGCCCGAGAUUCCUCUCCAGCGAGGCCGCGCCACCGCUGCUAUCCUAGCGUGGACAGGAGAGAUCCACCCAGGCCGACUCCUUCCUUCCCCCCCUCUGUGGCGAGUGUCCAGAUGAGUUCGAAGAAGGUUCCGUUCAAUCGGCAUAAGGAGAAAGAGGAGGCGAGGAGGAAGAGGGAGGAAGAUGAAGCGGCACGCGUGUAUUUGGAGUUUGCGCAGUCAUUUGAGGGUGAAAGCACAUCUGGCUCGAAGUUUGUCCGAGGGGGUGUGAUUGAUCCCAAUGCCAAGCUGAGAGCUGAUUCUGAAGGUGGAAAGUCCAAAGAUAGGGAGUCUGUUACAAAGAAGGGCAGUAGGUAUGUUCCAUCUUUUUUGCCACCAACAUUUGGGAGAGAGCCAGAGAAAAAGAAGGAAGAUGAGCGGCCUAAGGAAAAGGAAAAAGGGAAGCCACGGGCAAUAGAUACUGUCAUGGAGGAACUCAGGUUGGAGAAAGAGCUUCGAGAAAAGCGUAAUCAAGAACGUGGCAGCCGUCACGGUGAAGCCUCCGUGCACCCUAGCCGGUUUGAUGAAUUACCAGAUGAAUUUGAUCCCACUGGGAGGUUACCAGGUUCAUUUGAUGACGGGGAUCCGCAAACCACAAACUUAUAUGUUGGCAAUCUCUCCCCUAAGGUGGAUGAGAAUUUUCUUUUGAGGACAUUUGGUCGGUUUGGACCUAUUGCGAGCGUCAAGAUCAUGUGGCCUCGAACAGAAGAAGAACGCAAAAGGCAAAGACAUUGUGGAUUUGUUGCAUUCAUGAAUAGAGCAGAAGGACAGGCAGCCAAGGAUGAAAUGCAAGGUGUUGUUGUGUACGACUAUGAGCUGAAGAUUGGGUGGGGGAAAUCUGUUGCUCUUCCAUCACAAGCACUGCCUGCUCCUCCUCCAGGACAUAUGGCAAUCAGAAGCAAGGAGGGUAGUAGUGUCAUCAUAUCUGGUUCCGGAGGUCCACCUGUUGCAUCUGUUACACCACAGACUUCAGAGCUGGUCCUUACUCCAAAUGUUCCUGAUAUAAUGGUCGCUCCACCAGAGGAUUCACAUCUUCGGCAUGUGAUUGACACGAUGGCUCUGCAUGUACUUGAUGGUGGAUGUGCUUUUGAACAAGCUGUAAUGGAGAGAGGACGAGGAAAAUCAUUAUUUAGCUUCUUGUUUGACCUUAAAUCAAAAGAACACACAUACUAUGUUUGGCGGUUAUACUCAUUUGCCCAGGGCGAUACUUUACAACGAUGGCGAACAGAACCGUUUAUCAUGAUUACAGGAAGUGGAAGAUGGGUUCCACCUACUUUGCCAUCCACCAGAAGCCCUGAUCGUGAAAAGGAAUCUACUUUUGCAGCUGGUAGAAGCAGGCGUGUUGAGGUGGAGCGUACAUUGACCGAUACACAGCGUGAUGAAUUUGAGGACAUGCUACGUGCAUUGACAUUGGAGAGAACUCAGAUAAAGGCAGCUAUGGGAUUUGCAUUGGAUAAUGCUGAUGCUGCUGGAGAGAUUGUUGAGGUUCUUGCAGAAUCUUUGACACUCAAGGAGACACCUAUCCCAACCAAGGUUGCACGGCUUAUGCUAGUAUCUGACAUCCUUCAUAAUAGUAGUGCCCCAGUGAAGAAUGCCUCUGCAUUUCGAACUAAGUUUGAGGCUGCUAUACCUGAUGUCAUUGAGAGCUUCAAUGACUUGUAUCGCAGUAUCACAGGAAGGAUCACUGCUGAAGCUCUGAAGGAGAGGGUGUUGAAAGUUCUACAAGUAUGGGCUGACUGGUUCCUGUUUUCUGAUGCAUAUCUGAAUGGGCUGAAAGCUACCUUUCUUAGAUCAGGCAACUCUGGGGUCACCUUGUUUCACUCUCUAUGUGGUGAUGCACCUGAAAUCGAAAAGAAAACUAACCCAGGGGAUGAUAAGAACGGAUUUAGGUUUGAUGAAGAUGGUGCCCUGGCGACAGGAAAGGCAGCGGCGAUGAAGGAGCUGUUAGGGCUUCCAUUUGCUGAACUGGAACGUCGUUGUAGACAUAAUGGCCUCUCACUAUGUGGUGGUAAAGAGAUGAUGGUUGCCAGGCUGCUUAGCUUGGAGGAGGCUGAGAAGGAGCAAGUAUAUCAGAGGGACGUUCACAUGAAACAUGUACAAGGAGACCCUCACAGAUCUGGAAGAGAGGAUAUUGGUUUGAAUACUCGUAGUGUUUUGAAACUUGGAGAAGGUACUGGUAAGGCUGACUCAGACAUGCUGGGGCUCUCUCGUCAUGGUAUGGAAACAGGACAAAUACUCUCUAGAGAGAGUGCAUCUGCUGAACAUGAACAAGUUCCAAGUAAGAAGCAGAAAGCUGAUCCCAUUUUGCCAGCUUCUAAAUGGAACCGAGAAGACGAUAGUGACGACUAUGAUGAUAGAAAGGAUGGCCAGGGAUUGGGAUUAAGCUAUUCAUCUGGAAGUGAUAAUGCUGGUGAUUCCGGGAAAGCUGACACAACAGAAAUUAGUACAGAUCACUUAAUUCAUCAUCCAGAUACAAUUGUUGAUGAAGAGCAUAGGCAGAAGCUGAGGCAGGUUGAGAUUGCUGUAAUGCAGUACCGUGAAUCUCUUGAGGAGAAGGGUUUGCAGAAUAUGGAGGAGAUUGAGGUGAAGGUUGCUAGCCACCGUAGGCGUCUUCAGUCUGAAUAUGGUUUGUCUUCUUCAAUAGAUGGUGCAAACAACAGUCGAUCUUCUGAGAGAAUAUCACUCGAGCGGAAAGAAAGGACCAAUGAUGCACGUGGUUCUUCCAGGAAGCGGCCUCACAGCCCAACUAGGAGCCAUAGUCCUUCAAAGAAGUCGUCUGUGGAUAGAGAUCGAGAGUACAGUCGCAAUAGAGGAAGACUGCAUGUGAGUGAUGCUGGGAGGGACAGGGCACGUGAAAAAAGUUCAAGCCGAGGGAAGGAUGAUCACUACGAUAGGAGCAGAGACCGGGAAAAGGAUAGGAGAACGGGAAGGUGACUGAAGCUUAAGUAUCUCCCUGUGCACUCUUUUGCUUGAACAUGGUGUUAGAGCAGCUUGGCUG